UGUAUCGACGCGGAGAUAUAUAAACAGACAAAGCGCACUAGAUUAGAUCUGAAACUGUUGCCAUCUAACAAAAAAAAAUCGGCGGGAAACGGAAACCGUCUUUUUGCGUCUCCCUCCAUAGGACUUUCGCCCCUUUUUUAUCUUUCUCCGAUCUCUGCUUUCUAAACCCUAAUUUCCGAAAUCCAGAAAACCCCUAUCGAUUUUUUUCGCGAGAGAGCAAUUCAUCUCCAUGGCGUGCGUUGCGGAUGAAUCCCAGAUCGAAAUCGACAUCCACGGCCGCCACGUCGAAGCUCCGUCUCGCUACGUGUACUCCGUCGCCUCGUCGUCGUGCAAUGUCGCCGUCGGUUCCCACAGUCUGAUGUCCAAGAAGGUGAAGGCCCGUAAGCUUCCGAUGGUUGAGCGAUUCGAGGUCGAAGGUAGUAGCGAUGUUAGCGGUGAUGGCGAUUGUUGCCGCGCCGGUGAUUACAAGCUGCUGCGCCCUGAGAUUGUUCGAGUCUACUGUCGCCGACGUAAGAGGUCGCCGCGGGGGUCUGGGAACGCUGAAAGUUUGAAGCUUGAUGAGAGAAAUCAGAAGAGGAGAAGAAUUGGUGAGGGUUCGAGUGGGCUAAGGAGUGGCUUGAGGGGUUGCAGUGGAGAUAAGCAGAAGGAGGCGUCUAGAAGGAAGGGGAGCUUUGUUAAGAGUCAGGACAAGGUGUCUAUUGCUUCUGCUUCAACUAAGAGAUGGUUCAGGUUGAGUUAUGAUGGUGUGGAUCCUAAAAGUUUCGUAGGGCUUCAAUGCAAGGUUUUUUGGCCGCUGGAUGCUUCUUGGUAUACAGGUUCCAUUGUUGAAUACAGUUUAGAGAGAAAGCGUUACGUUGUUAAAUACGAGGAUGGAUCUAGUGAGGAUCUAUUUCUUGAUCGUGAAAUGAUCAAAUUUUUCGUUUCUCGUGAAGAGAUGGAGCUGUUACAUCUGAAGAUUUGUACUAAUGAUGUGACUGUUGGUGUCCGUGAUUACGAGGAGAUGGUUGUAUUGGCAGCUAAUUUGGAGGAUUCUCAAGAUUUUGGGCCUGGAGACAUUAUAUGGGCGAAACUAUCUGGUCAUGCUAUGUGGCCAGCAGUUAUUGUGGACGAAUCUGUUAUUGGAGAGCGGAAAGGCCUAACCAACAAGGUAUCUGGAGGAAGAUCGAUCUUGGUACAAUUUUUUGGCACCCAUGAUUUUGCCAGAAUAAAGGUAAAACAAGCAACCUCGUUUCUCAAAGGGCUUCUCGCGUCAUCUCAUUUGAAGUGCAAACAACCUCGGUUUGAAGAGGGCAUGCACGAAGCAAAAAUAUAUCUGAAGGAACAUAGGCUUCCAGAAAGGAUGACUCAACUUCAAAAAGGAGCUGAUUCCGAAAGGACCAAUAGUCCAGAAGAAGUCAGCUCAAACUCGGCCAUUGAUCACAUGAGUGAUGGAGAAGUGUGGUUGAGACCAACAGAAACUGUAGAUUUCCGGUAUACAAUAGGGGAUCUGCAAAUAAUAAAUCUCGGGAAAAUUGUGACAGAUUCUCAGUUUUUCAAGGAUGAGAAUCAUAUUUGGCCUGAAGGUUAUACGGCUAUGAGAAAGUACACAUCCCUAAAAGAUCAUAGCGCAUAUGCCUUGUACAAGAUGGAAGUGCUCAGAGAUGCCGAGUCGAAGACUCGCCCUCUGUUUAGAGUGACUGCAGAUAGUGGAGAGCAAUUCAAAGGGCUUACUCCAUCGGCCUGCUGGAAUAAGGUAUAUAACAGGACAAGAAAGGUUCAGAGUGCUACUGAUAGUCCUAAUGUUUUGGGGGAUGAACUAAAUGGAUCAGACAUGUUUGGUCUCUCCAACCCGGAAGUCAUUAAACUUGUACAGCAGGGUUUAUCAAAAUCUAGACUAUCGUCCAAUGUUUCUAUAAGCAAACAUAGUUUGGGAAAGCGUCAAGAUCAUCUUACUGGUUAUCGACCUGUUCGUGUUGACUGGAAAGAUCUCGAUAAGUGCAAUGUCUGCGACAUGGAUGAGGAGUAUGAAAACAAUUUGUUCCUGCAAUGUGAUAAAUGUAGAAUAAUGGUCCAUGCUGGAUGCUAUGGAGAGAUAGAACCCUGUGAUGGUGCUUUGUGGUUAUGCAACUUAUGCCGUCCUGGAGCUCCUGAUAUACAUCCACGCUGUUGUCUUUGUCCUGUAGUAGGGGGUGUUAUGAAGCCGACAACUGAUGGGCGCUGGGCUCAUCUAGCUUGUGCUAUAUGGAUACCAGAAACGUGUCUAUCUGAUGUCAAGAAGAUGGAACCGAUUGAUGGGGUGAAUAAAAUCAGUAAGGAUCGCUGGAAACUAAUGUGCACCAUCUGUGCGGUAUCUUAUGGAGCUUGUAUCCAAUGUUCAAACGAUUCUUGUCGUGUGGCAUAUCAUCCACUUUGCGCGCGAGCUUCUGGUCUAUGUGUUGAGCUUGAGAGUGAGGAUAAGCUUUUUCUUCGACCAAAGGAGGAUGAAGAAGCAGAUCAGUGUAUCCGCAUGCGCUCAUUCUGCAAGAGGCAUCGACAAACAUCAACUGCCUGCCUAGAAUCAAAAGACAUGAUCAAACCCACUACGCAUAAAAAUUCCGACUAUCUCCCACCACCUAAUCCAUCUGGCUGUGCUCGUACUGAGCCUUAUAAUUUUCUUGGAAGAAGAGGGCGGAAGGAACCUGAAGCUCUUGCGGCUGCUUCUUCAAAGCGGUUAUUUGUUGAGAAUCAGCCAUACCUUGUCGGUGGUUACUCUCGAAAUGAGGUUUCAACCUAUGAGUGCAUUCACGGAUCAAAGGUGUCACAGAUGAAUACACCAACCAACAUGGUUUCUAUGGCUGAGAAAUAUAAAUACAUGAAGGAAACAUACAAGAAGAGAUUAACAUUUGGGAAAUCAGGAAUUCAUGGCUUUGGCAUCUUUGGAAAGCUUCCGCACAGGGCUGGAGAUAUGGUGAUUGAAUACACGGGAGAACUUGUUAGACCUUCAAUAGCUGACAAAAGAGAACGUCUUAUCUACAAUUCAAUGGUGGGUGCGGGUACUUAUAUGUUUAGAAUUGAUGACGAGCGGGUCAUAGAUGCUACAAGGGCAGGAAGCAUUGCCCACCUGAUUAAUCACUCCUGUGUGCCAAAUUGCUACUCGAGGGUCAUCAGUGUUAAUGGAGAUGAACACAUUAUCAUUUUCGCAAAGAGGGAUAUAGCUAAAUGGGAAGAGCUGACUUAUGACUACAGGUUCUUGUCAGUCGAUGAGCGGCUUUCAUGUUCAUGUGGCUUUCCAGGGUGUCGAGGUGUUGUUAAUGAUACAGUAGCUGAAGAACAACUGUCGAAGAUUUAUGUUCCUCGCUCUGAUCUAAUAGAGUGGACCGGAUAAUAAGCUAAGUAAAGCUAUAGAAUUAGUAAUACGCAUCCGCUUUUUGAUUGAUGUAGCUCUUUAUACUGAGGUGAAUGUGUUAAUUUUGAACACAAACCAUUUUUUAUGUAUAGAUACAAAAUUAGUGAGUAAUAAAACUACACUGAUCAUAGUAACAAUUUCGUACAUUCUCUUUUCUUUACAUAGUUGUGUGCGCUUCAUCUAGAGUUUUAAUCCUAACGGUGUUACUUGUCAUUUUUUAGAAAGUUAUUUAUUGAACAAGUAACGUAAGUUUGUGGUUUAGUGAUAUUAUUUGAUCAUAUGUUUCAAUGAUGUGAUCAUAAGUAUUGCUUUGAACUUUUUUGCUGACAGAAAUGUGAAUAAGAACCGGCUCAUUGAAUUUUAUAGAUCACGAAAGGAACAAGAACAGGCUCAUUGAAUUUUUGAAGUAUUUGCAAAAAUCUUCGUCACAACUCACAAGAAAUUAACUUCACAGAGUCUGAUUCAUUAUUUGUUGUAGAGUGUCAGCUCAUUCUGUUUGUAGGAUAGAACAAAGAAGUGAGGUACUUGGGGAUAAAAGCUCGAGCACACAGAGGAUGACCAACUGAAAAUAUAUGUAAAAGAGGCCUACACCAAGAUCUGCUUCUUUUUUUUUAUACUCCUUGCAUUGGACACGGAGUUUCAAUGUGUUUAUUAGUCUAAGGAAGCUGCUAUAAGUGGUGAGGGCUGGAUUAGGAGGUGGCGAGGGAGGCAAUAUGAGAUGGUUUGGUGCAAAAACCUGUCCUCAUUCAUUGACUGACAGUGGUGGAAACAGAAGCCGCACUUAUAUGGUGCGUAGUCUGCGGAAUAAAUAUGUUGAAAAUUUGAGUGUUUAGAGAUGUCAUCUUUGAGAGUGAUUCCAAGAAUCAAAUUCAAAAGCCAUCAAACGAUACAUAAUCUUUGCCAAGGUUAAACAGUCAGACCAGUGAGAUAUUUUUGGAACUUACACGGGAUUUCAAUAAUUGGAAAAAUCGAUUUGAGGAAAGGUGUCUGAUUCGAAGAUACAAGAAACAAAAAACUGUCAAAAGAGGGUGAGAAAAGUUCAACAAAAA